UGUUCUCUGCUUCUUGUUUCUUGUUUCUUGUUCUUUGUAUUUUUUUUUUUUUUUGGUCUUUGGAGGAUGAAAGAUUGUGUUGCUCUCCUCCUUUUGAUUUAUCACUUCCUUCUACUUCAUUACCCUUCAUCUUCACUUCCUUUAUGCACCGAUUUAAGGGCACCUCUCAUUCGAAAGACACCUCUGGUCUUUUGUCCUUACAAUGGAAGUGUGUGCUGCGACUCAUCCAAAGACCUGCAGCUGCAGAAGCAAUUUCAUGCAAUGGAUAUAUCUCAUCCUGGCUGUGCUGCUCUUAUGAAAUCAAUACUCUGUGCAACGUGUGAUCAGUUCUCAGCUCAGCUAUUUAAGGUUGAGUCGGGACCUCGAGCAGUUCCUGUUCUUUGCAACUCCCCUCUAUUGGCGAACUCAUCACUGUCAAACAAGGCAGCAAGUGGCUAUUGCUCAACUGUCUGGGAUGCAUGCCAAAAUGUAUCUAUAUUGAAAUCCCCUUUUGCCCCUUCACUACAAGGUGGAGGUGGGGUACCUGCAGUCGAUUCUAGUUCUUCCAAGCUAAACGAACUCUGGCAGUCAAAAAGUGUUUUCUGUGAUACAUUUGGUGGUUCUGAUCGUUAUGGAUCAAUAUGUUUCGAUGGUGAACCAGUUUCACUUCAAAAGACUGAAACUGAACUGCUUCCGCCAAAGGGCAUGUGCCUCGAGAAAAUUGGCAAUGGGUCUUAUCUCAACAUGGUUGCACAUCCUGAUGGGUCUAACCGGGCUUUCUUCUCUGAAAAAUCAGGCAAAAUUUGGUUGGCCACCAUUCCAGAUCAGCAAAGUUCAGGAGGUUCUUUGGAACUUGAUGGGUCCAGUCCAUUUUUAGAUUUGACCGAUAGAGUCUUCUCUGACAGUAGCUUUGGGAUGAUGGGCAUGGCUUUUCAUCCCAACUUCGCCAAUAAUGGUCGUUUUUUUGCUUCCUUCAACUGUGAUAAGGUCAAGACCCCAGGAUGUUCUGGAAGGUGUGCUUGUAAUACAGAUGUAAACUGUGAUCCUUCAAAGGUAGGUCCUUUUAAUGCUGCUCAGGCGCCGUGCCGGUAUCAUAAAGUUAUUGCAGAGUUCACUGCUAAUGGGAGCUCCUCAGAACCUUCCUCGGGACACAGUGCCAGCCCAUUGGAGGUGAGAAGGAUUUUUACACUAGGCCUUCCAUUCGCCUUCAAUCACGCCGGCCAGAUUCUAUUUGGACCUGCAGAUGGAUAUUUAUAUGUUAUGAUGGGAGAUGGAGGAAGAGGAGGUGACCCUUUUAAUUUUUCCCAGAACAAGCAAUCCUUGCUUGGAAAGAUUCUAAGGCUUGACAUUGAUAACUUACCAAGGGCAGAUGAAAUAGGUGGCCUCAAUCUGUGGGGAAACUAUUCUGUUCCUCGAGACAAUCCUUCUUCUGAAGAGAAGGACUUGCAGCCUGAAAUCUGGGCUCUAGGGUUAAGAAAUCCUUGGCGCUGUAGCUUUGACUCACAAAGACCUCUGUACUUCAUCUGUUCAGAUACUGGACAGGAUCAUUAUGAAGAGGUAGAUAUAAUCACCAAGGGUGGGAACUACGGGUGGAGUGUUUAUGAAGGCCCCUUUCUCUACAACCCUGAGCAGUCUUCUGGAGGAAGUGCUCCUGCUAAUUCUGUCCAACCAAUCUUUCCUGUGUUGGGUUACAACCACUCAGAUAUAAACAAGAAGGAAGGGUCUGCAGCAAUAUCUGGCGGGUAUUUUUAUCGUUCCUCGAUUGAUCCAUGCAUGUUUGGAAGUUACCUGUAUGCAGAUUUGUACGGCAGUGCUCUUUGGGCAGCUGCUGAAAUCCCUGAAGAGAGUGGAAAUUUCACUACCACUAGGAUUCCUUUCAGUUGUGCUCCUGACUCUCCAAUCCAUUGCAACUCCAUAGCAGGAACUUCUCUACCAGAUUUGGGUUACGUAUACUCGUUUGGGGAGGAUAACAGGAAAGAUAUUUUCAUUUUAGCCAGCAGUGGUGUGUACAGGGUAGUUCGUCCAAGUCGCUGCAACUACACUUGCUCGAAGGAAAAUGUCACUGCUGUUAUCUUACCGAGUCCUCCUGCUCCUUCGGGUGGAAACCAGUUGACUAACUCGCAAUGGGUGCUCUUUCUUUCUCUCUCUUUUCUAGGCAUUAUGUUGUAAUCUGAAAAUUAUUUGAGAGUGCAUGGAUGGAGAUAUGGAGAACUUGUCCAGCAACCGAAGGGUGUCUCUGACAAUAGGAUCAAUCUUCCAUUCGCACAAGUGCCAUUGGUUUAAGAGAGCCGAGAUUACAAACAAUGAAUCUUCUUCCACUAUUAUGUGUUUUAGAUCCAAUUCUGAGGCUUUCUUUCGAGUUACAAGGGCAGCCUUUACUUCACCUACUAAAGGGUUGCCUGAGGAGAUUUUCUCUGUCCUAGCAAAACAAAAGUUCCCACUAAAGGAUCAACCAAUGGCAACACAAAUAUGAAAAGAAUCAAAAUUUAAUUUAAUAAAAUCCAAGGGAGAAAGUUUCUAGGGUUCUUGUUUUAUGUUUCAUUAGUCAUGAAUUGCCAAGCAUUCAGGUGAUCUCUUGUCACAGGUCUAUUAUGUGAAGUAACGUAACAAUUUCGAGCAAGCAAAGUGGAGUGUAGUCCAGUUGAAUUCUUCUAGAAGGGAUUAAACGGUGUGUUUUGUGAGCCAACUAGAGCUUUGUCAUUUUAUUCAUUUACUAUGUCGUUUUAAGCUUUUCUUAGGGAGUGUCGUUUUAGUCUAUGGGGCAUGGGCCUGCAUUUUGUAAGAGGAUAUAUAAGUCUCAGUGGGAGAUUAGGAGAGUAUGGAUUGAAUUGUUAGCUUGUUCAUUUGUGAACGAUGGAGGCCCUUGGCUCCUUGAAUUGCCAAGAACUUGGAGAUUAGCCAAUCUCGAAUUGGCCCUAUCGAAUACAAUUCUCUAUUUCUAUUCUCUC